ACAUUUGUAAGUCGACAUGGAGAGCAACAAGUGUUCUGAGGAAUUGUCCGUCCAGCCGUGUGACCCUUGUAACUACGACAACACGCCGCGGGAUUCUAGAGGAUACUGUUUCGAUUGCAACGAAUACCUUUGUAAUGAGUGCAUUCAGUUUCACCGGAAGUUUCAGGCCACGCGAGGGCAUCCGAUUGCUACAGAGGAGUCCAUGCCAAAGACGAGGUUGGCCUCUGACGGCGAAAAGCUUUCCAUAUUAUUAUGCGAUGAUCACAGAAUGAAACAGUGCGAGUUUUAUUGCAAAUGUCACGAUGUUGUCUUUUGUGGACUUUGUAAAGCCAUGAAACACAAUGAAUGCAGUAUAGAGACGAUUAAUGACAUCUGCAGUGAAGAAGAUACGAUUCGCAAACAAUUUACAGAACAUUGCGACCAGCUUAAGAAACAAACGGAGGUGUUAAAGAUGAAUAAAUUGAGCAUUUCUGACAAAAUAGAUCAAGCAAAACAGUCUAUCAAAGAAUGCAAAGAAUCUGUACAAGAGAAAAAAACUAAGGUUUUGGAGCUUUUCUCCUGCUUGGAAACUGUUAUACAAGAGUCGGAGGAAGAACUGCUUGAACAUUGUCUAAAAACUCGACAAAGCAUACAACUAUACGAUGAUAUGAUGAAUCAUGUUAAUGACACAAAUGAUAAAAUACAGCAAGCCGAGAAACAAAAGUCUCUCGCAGCGUUAUUCAUCAUGAAGAUAAAAAGUCAGAAUGUCCUCAAAGAAUGUAAAUACGCCGCCUGUCUAUUACAGGGGCAGAAAGACCAAUUGUUCACGAUAUCCUUCGAAAUAACUUCAGAUUUGACGACUGUUCUUGAAAAGGCAAUAAAUCCAGGAAAAAUCAUAAAAACAAAUCUAAAAACGCAAAGUGAAAUAACGGAGACUAACAAUGAAAAUGCGAAAAGACCCAGUAAUGAUUCACCGGAUAAUACACGACAAUCACUUGUUGUACAGAAGGAGGAAACCAAAGUUGAAGCUACAUUGGAAGUGGCCGCGGCUAAAACAGAUAUUCCGGGGACAAAUUCGCGUGAUACGAGUAAUCAGCCACGCCCAACGUCAGUUCUUGAACUUAAGUGGAGAGAUAAGUUGAUAUUUAUGGAUAAACACUUUCGAGAUAACACGGCGUUGCAGCAAAGAAAAUUUCAAAACAAAAAAUACGUUUUCGAUCAGAUGACACCAGAAAUAACAAAAAAACUUGAUGUGAAUGUCAGUUCUGAUAAAGACAAAAGCUACAUCACCGGAGUUGUUGUACUCCCGUCUGGCCGUGCAGUGCUAUGUGAUAACAGUAAUGGAAAACUUAAAUUGUUAAACAAUCAGUUUCAAGUUGUAUAUGUUCUUAAGGUUUCGAGCAAACCAUUUGAUGUAUCAAAACGAAAUGCAGAGGAGGUAAUUAUUACAGUGAGUAACGACCGAGUGUUAAUGUUCGUAUGCGUUUCAGAAAAUGGUUUAAGUUUUCACAAGAAACUUGCUACAAAGCGUUUUAACUGGGGCAUUGAAGUCUUACAUGAGAAUAUAUUUGUCACCCAACACAAUAAUCCUGGACAAGGUAGCCUACAGGUCAGAAAGAUGGACGGUCAAGUUUUGUUUGAAAUAAACUUUAGUGACUGGUAUGGAUCGGACGUUUUGCAGGCGCCAUGCUAUAUUUCAAUUCAUUUCUCAAGAGAGGCAUUUCUAGUAUACGUGACCGGAAGUUACGAAGAUGGGAUGGUGAAAGUAGAUUUAAUGAAGGGCAAUAUUGCAUAUAUUGACUGUAAAGGGUUUUCUUGGCCUAAAGAUAUGAUAACAGAUGCGAAUGGCAAAUGUCUUCUGGCAGCCCGAUUUUGCCAUAAACUUAUACUGCUGGAAAAUGAUCACCGCGAAGUAGGCAAGAGCACCAAUGAAACAUCACUCCGUUCGCGCUUGCUGUCAAGGACUGUGACUACUUGGUUAUCUGAAAUAAAGGACCCACAAUCAAUUGAUAUAAGACCAUGUGAUAAGACAGUUCUAGUUGGAACCAAAAACUCCGGUGUUUAUGUUAUACAGGCGGUAUGAACCGCAGUUUUGAUGAUAACAUUCAGAAAAUUGUGUAAAAAAUAUAAAUAAUAUGUUUGUGUCUUUAUUUAUAUAAUGUUUGCUUACAUUGGUUAUGAGUUCGAUUGUCGUUUGCAAAACACCUGUUCCUUGUUUACUCACACUAGGGCACUGGAGCAUUGGCAAUUUCAAUGUCAAAUAAUCAUAGGAAAACGCAUGCGUUUACGUGUAGUCGAUAAACUCA